AUGCCUCAUUCUUGUAAUGCAAUCUGUGGGAAGAGUCGUGGUUUUGGAUGUCCACAUAAAUGCAGCGAGCAGUGCCAUCCCGGGCCUUGCCCAGAAUGUCCAGCGAUGGUAACAAGGUCUUGCAAUUGUGGUGCUGAAACAAAGGCAAUUCGAUGUGGAACAACUCCCGAAUUCCAGUGUUCGAAAGUGUGCGAUAAAAUAUUGAAUUGUGGAGUUCACAAAUGUGCAAAAGUGUGCCAUAAGGGUGGUUGCGGUGUAUGUGAAGAAGUUAUUGUGCAAACUUGUUAUUGUGGGUUGGAUGAACGUACAGUGCCGUGCACGGCGUUGAAUCUGCAAAGUGAUUCGUACAGUUGUGGUGCACCGUGUGACGGAAUGUAUUCAUGCGGUAUUCACAAAUGUGAUAUGAGGUGUCAUCUAAAGAAAGACGAAGACGGCAGUUGUGGUCCAUGUUCAUUGUCGCCUGAGAAGAAGGAGAAUUGCCCUUGUGGACGUUCCAAGAUCGUCGAUCUUAUCGAUAAACCACGUGAGAAAUGCACUGAUCCAAUCCCGACUUGUGAUAACAUUUGUGGAAAAGUAUUAUUGUGUGGCAGCAAAGAUAAGCCGCAUCGUUGUAAGCAAAAGUGUCACACCGGACCGUGCCCGCCUUGUCCGGAUAACAGUUCCAUUGUUUGCCGUUGCAAAUCUCUGAAGAAGACAAUUCCGUGCAAGGAAUUCCUUCGUUAUUCUGAUUCAAAUCCAUUCACAUGUGAACGUCGCUGUCGAAAGUUGAAAUCUUGUCAAAAUCAUCGAUGCCAGGCGAUGUGUUGCGUUGAUACUGAGCAUUUUUGUAUGCAGAUUUGUAACAAGAAAUUGGAUUGUGGUAAUCACAAUUGUGAUCGUUUAUGCCAUGUUGGUCAGUGUCCGCGUUGCUUGCAAGCAAGUUUCGAAGAGCAGUACUGUUUAUGUGGGCAUACAGUUCGUGAGCCACCAAUACCGUGCGGUACCCCGCUUCCUCCGUGCGAUCAGCCGUGCUCACGACAACACGCAUGUGAACAUCCUCCGAUGCACAGCUGCCACAGUGAACCGGAAUGCCCUCCGUGCACUGUGCUCACACAAAAAGAGUGUUAUGGUGGUCACGAGAUUCGCUCAAAUAUACCGUGCUACUUGAACGAUGUGUCUUGCGGUCGACCGUGUGAUAAAGCCCUACCAUGUGGAGUGCAUACUUGCAAACGUAUCUGUCAUCCGGGUGAAUGUCUCACUGCAGAGAAUCCAGUAUGUAAACAACCGUGUACAAUUCCGCGUGAGGGUCAAGCAUGUGAUCAUGCUUGUGGACUCCCGUGCCAUGGCAAAGAACCAUGUCCGAAAAGUGUUUGCACGGAAAAGAUAAUGGUCACAUGUGCAUGCCAACGUAAAACGGCCGAGAUGCGUUGUGUGGAUGUGGAACGCGCUUAUCAGAAGAUGAUGGCCGUACGUGUUUCGGAGGCAUCUGAGGAAAGUGAUUCGUCACAGAAGCGUAUUCUAAAACGUUCACCAAGCAUGGACAAAUAUAGAUGGUGA